AUGGUGCGCUUCCAGCCUUGGUGUAUGGCGGUACAGACACGCUUCAAGUGGCGCCACAAGGAGACGGAUCGCUGGCGUCGGCUGAUGGACGCAACAUGCAUCCCCUUGGAUUGGUGUGGACAGACACGUGGGCCGACCUUCUCACAAUACGGCGGGCACUGGACGCAUCUGCUCACAUGUGCCCAUGUGAUAUGUCCCUGGGACUACCCCAAUUAUUAUCCCACGGAGGGACCGACCCGCUUUGUCUCCCGCAUUACGCUGGCCGACACCAUGACGCAAGUUCGCCUCGUUUCUAUGCAGGGGACCGCCGUCUAUAGGCACUUUACGUCAAACCAGCACGUUUACGUGCACGCCAACCCCCGGUUAGAUCUCUGUGUGGUGCAUCCAGAGCAAAAUUUGAAGCGUAGUGGGGAGAUGAAGAUGCUGUGGAUGCAGAAUGAGGGUUACGUCAUACGCCCGCGUCUUGAGUUGGUUGAACCACUGGCAGUGGGUGACCACGUAUGGAUCUAUGGCAUGACGGCACAUGAAUCACUCUUUGACGAGGAGAAGGCGCCAGAGCCGCUCAUGGUGCCAACGGGAAUCCGCGCAAAGGUGCACACUUUGACACGGGAGCACUUCUUCCUUGACACAACCUCGCUUGAGGGGGCGGACAAGGGCCGUAUUGGCAUGGGCAUGUGUGGCUCCGUCGUGAUGCGGAAUGGACGCUGCGUUGGGAUGCUGACCGCAACUGUGCACGAAGAGAGUAAAAUGCAGGAGCUGGCCGGGACCGGCAUGUGUGCGUAUGCCUCAGACAUCUUCGACUUUC